ACCAACAUUAGCCAGUAAGGGUUCGUGUCUUGACAAAUACAAAUUGAUUUUUUUUAAUACCGAUACUAAAGUUGCCAUGGCGCAUGCUUUUAGCGGUACGGUUAAUUUAAUUAGUGCUAGUGAAUGUUUUGUGUUACAGUGAUUUUGUGAUGUGUUUUAAAUAUUGUGUCGCUUUUGGAUUACUAUGGAUUAGUUUUCUGAGACAUGGCAACCCGUGAUUACAAGCGGCGGAAAGGCGUGUGACCCGCCCCCCGUGGUUUGCGCAAAGGCGGAGCCAUGGACUGCUAUGUGCCUAACAACCCGCAGUUCGGGGAGUGCUGCGAUACCUCCCUGUGCUGCGACCCUCUGCAGCCGUGCACCUGCGAACAGCUGCGGGAGUUCCCAGAGCAGUGCUGUCAGGAGCCAGAAAACUGCUGUCCCGAAAAUGGUGAAGAGCUGAACGCGCUCAGCGACUCCAUCGCGCCCUGCGACGUUAACCUCGGCGAUGUGAACGAGCCGGGCUGGCCGGCGGAGGAUAUGGGCUCCUUCUCCCUCCCCUCGCUCGAACUGGACCCGCUGCCUUCCCUGUUCCCGUUCUCGCCAUGCCCGGGGUAUAACAGGAACAACAACGGUGAAUGCCGCGAGCGAGGCGGGGAGGCAGCCGACGUCCUCCUCUCCUUAAAGCAUGCCGUCGUGCACAGCGACUGUUCAGAGGGCGUUCACCCACAGAUGAUGGUGAACAGUGGGAGUGGGUACCCUUACUACGAGCACUAUGGUGGUGCUCCCAUCUUCCCCACCAUGAGCGUCAAUGUAUCUAUGAAUAUGACGAUGCACGGCUGCCAGCCGGAUCAGUUGUGUUCACAGGUACAAUGGAACCAGAAUGCAGCCGCACCAUCAGUGAACGUCGUCUACCCUCCCGCUCAAAACGUAAUCCCAACAUCCUAUCCAUCAGCUACCUACUCCUUCACCGCUGACUUCCGACCCCCAAAUCAAUCAGACCCUUUAAUUACCGCCACAUCUACCUUCAAACCAAUACAGAUACAAAAUGCCCAAAAAAGCAACCCCAAUUACGCGAUAUUUCAACAGAAACCCAGCUUUUCUGCUCAGAAAUCAUUAGGUUCAGUUUUAAAAAGAUCUCCAGGAAAGAUGUACUCGCAAGAAGGUCAAAAAGACAUGCAAAAUGGAUAUUUGUUGAACCAUCAAGGGCAAAUGCAUCCGCAGGAAUACGGGUAUACCUCAUGUCUGAAUGGGUCAGGGAAAGUUCAGGUCGGCGCGCUCAGUGGCUCAGAUGAAGACGAGCAAAAACCGAACCUGUGCAGAAUAUGCGGCAAGACCUACGCUCGUCCCAGCACCCUCAAGACUCACCUUCGCACGCACUCCGGAGAGCGGCCGUAUAGAUGCGCGGACUGUAAUAAGAGCUUCUCGCAAGCUGCUAACCUUACAGCUCAUGUACGGACGCAUACUGGUCAGAAACCUUUUAGAUGUCCUAUCUGCGACAGGAGGUUUAGCCAAAGUUCUAGCGUCACUACUCACAUGAGAACGCACUCCGGAGAACGACCGUAUCAAUGUAGGUCUUGUAAGAAAGCCUUCUCCGACAGUUCGACGCUGACAAAGCAUCUUCGAAUUCACUCUGGAGAAAAACCUUACCAGUGCAAGUUAUGUUUACUCAGAUUCUCACAAUCUGGCAAUUUAAAUAGGCAUAUGCGAGUGCACGGCAACAUGUCGGGCGGUAUGCUCGGCUGACACAUGCACUGCUGCACGAUGCAUGCAUGCAGGCUGAAUAUAUAGGAGUUGCCAUUCAAAUUGGGCGAAAUUCAGUGUAAUAUCGGCAAAAUAUGCAGAAGCAUAGUUUUAAAGAGACGAGUACAUUGUUAAAUGGGACUUUUAAAGUGAAUUGUAAUAGACUAUAAAUAGACUAAAGCUGUCAUUAAUUGAUGUACACUACAUUUUUGAGAAAGAAGGCGGUUACAUGAAUUUUAUUGAUGUAUGUAAUCAAGUAAACGUUUUUUUCCACAAAAAUAUAAAAUUGUCAUGGUUAUAUUGUAAUUGUAUUACAUAAACUGACAGAAAGUAGAUAUUCAUAUAUUGUAUGUAACCAUAUUUUUAACUGAUAUUCGCAAAAAGGAAAGAGGUUUUCAAUUUAACUUUUGUUUACUAUGUUACUUUAUCAAAACAUGGGUUUUGAACCCGUGAACUAGUGAUUCUUAUCGUGUUUGAUAGAAUAUUGUCGUCUUUUGGUCCGGAGUUACUGGGGUCCUGGAGACCCAUCUGGAGAGGAAUCCCCCUCCCCAAGAACGUUGGCGACCAAUUCAUUAGAAAAUAUAUGGAUCUCAUUUUAUUAUAUUUUAUUAUGCCUUGAACUCACUUCAAUGGACCAAAUAUUUUAUAACGUUUAUAAAUUUUCUUUAAUAUUACGAUACCUAAAUAAGAUCUAUGUAUAUGAAUACCUUCGUAAAGCAAUGAAGUGAUUUUGAUGUUAAUUGUUUAUUCUUGUAUGCUCAACUGUCAAAAUGACGUUUCCCGCUUAUCGGUGCCUAUUUUUGAUUCUUUGAUUUCCACCUAGAAAAAAAAAAAUCUACGUUAUAGCCAUGUCGAGGAUUAAAUUUUAGGAAAUUGUAAUUAUUUAUGUCUAUGUAAAACAUUAACAUUCUUUAUAAUCAUCUAUAUAAUCCUUAGGAUUGUCAUGCAUUUCUUAUUUUUACUUACCAGUAUAUCCAAAUAGAAGAAGAAGCUAUGUAAAUAUUAUGUACCGUAUGUACUUCCGUGAUAUUGCUUAAGCAUUUCUGAAUGUUUUUUUAUGUUAAGCAUAAAUUAUUAUGAAUUAGAAUAUUAUGUUCUGGUCAAACAUAACUAUCAGUAUUAGCAAUUCUAGUAUUAAUACGUACUUAGUACAUACCCAAUAGAAAUCAAUUUCAAGUUAUUUUGUACAUAUUAUCUAUUAUUAAAUAAGAUGUAAAUAAAGUUUGAAGUAUUACAUUCUAGUCACUUUUAAAAUUAAGAUUAGCACACUUGGUUGUAUAGAUUUAUUAUGAUACUCCUUAAUAUUGUUAAGUUAAAAUACGAAUGCAGGUUCUGUUACAAUUUAUAUCAUUAUGUCUUUCGUCGUUGCUGUCAUUAUAAAACAGGAAUGUCUCAAGAUACGAAGAUAUCAUUUUUAAUGUUGAAUUAUUAUUUUAAAUGCGAUCAGUCAGAUCAUCAACAAAACCAAACAUUGUAUAAAACGUAGUUUUUGAAAGGUGGACAGUUAAAAGACGAUACCUUCUCAAUACUCAUUAAAAUAUAAGCAUACUUAUUUAUAACUGGAGGACAGACAAAAAUUGUAAAAAUUUAAGUU